AUGGCAGACGCCUCCAAAACCUCCAUCAACAUCCCCCAAAUCAUCGCCGUGGCGCUGGUAGGCUUCCUCGCCUUCCGCUGGUUCAUGAGCAAACCCUCCACUCCCUCCGGCACAGGCUUCAACACUGCCUCCACACGAUCAAGAGGCAACCAAGCAGUCGAUCUAGUGAAAAUAGAUCAAAUAGCCGCCAUGUUCCCGCAACUCGACCGGAGAACGAUCGCCUGGGACCUCCACCGUAACGGCGGGAGCGUCCCCGCUACAACCGAGCGUGUGCUAGCGGGACGAGGUUUAGAUGCUCCACCGCCUUCGUAUCAGCCUGCUUUACCUGCUCCCGCGGCCCAGGCGCCGGUGGUGGGGAUUAGUGGUGCGACUGCGGGGAAGGGAAGGGGAAAGCAGCAAGAGGAUCUGAUCACGAGGUAUCAGCUUCAGGAGAGGGUGGGCGGGAAGGGGAAGGAGGCGGUGGUUAGUGAGGAGGGGUUGAGGAGUCAGAAUGUGUGGAGUGGGGAUAAAGUUGUUAGGGCGGAGGGGUUGAAGAGGAGGCGGGAGGAGAUGGUGUUGGCGGCGAGGAGGAAGAUGGAGGAGAGGGGUGGGUCUGAUAGUUGA